CUAUUGAUGAAAAUACCAACAACUUUAUUCAGAAGCUCGACAUUCCAGCUAUGUUUCUUGCACAAAUCGAAAACUGCGUGAACGAAUUUCCUGACAAGCAAGUAAAACUUGUCGAGCCUCAAUCGGUCAAUCCCGACCCAUUCACGCUUCAAAGUGAUGAGAAAAAAAAGAGAAAUAUUUCAGAGCAAGAGAGAGGUCUAGAUUCAGUACGAGUGAAGAAGUGCGAUUGAUGAGAUGGGAUUGAGCCGGAGCCUUAUCGGAAUGCCAGAGACAAUAGAAGAGUCCCUUCCAGAACUUCUUCAUAUCGUCGUCGGAGAUGUCGGACUGAUUCAGAAGCCAUCCCUCGAGCAGCCGCAGAGAUCUGGAUCGGACGGGAGCGCUGCAGGAGGCCAAGUACUUUAUGAGGCCGGGACCAGGAGCAAUGGCGUCGACGAUGAGCUGCUUCUUCUUCAUUGCAAUCGAUCGACCAAACUGGAUUUUAGAAUUAAGGCAACCGGAAGAGCAGAAACCCUAGGGCUAAUAUUUGGCCCACCUGCCCAUUUGAGAAAGAGUGGAAAUCUACCGGCGCUGCCCACUCCCUCUGCCGGCGUCACCAUGUCUGACAAAACACCAACCACCGGCGGAUCUUCACCACAAACCACUCCACACUUGGCGUUCACAACUAUAUCUAACGUCAAGUUGCAUGUCCCGGUUCUUCUCAGCUUCUCGGAACCGAACUACAAGAAAUGGAGCCGACUUUUUCUCCUACUGGUGCGGCGGUUUUCCUUGGCCGACUUUCUCAACGGCAAAUCCACCCCUUCAAGCGCGGACGAUGCGGAAUGGUUCCAACUCGAUGCCCUUCUCCAGGGUUGGAUCCUCUCUACCGUAAAUGAUGAAGUCUCCGACUUGGUUAUCUCUUCUACAAACUCGGCAUCGGAAUUGUGGAAAUCCAUCUACUCUCUCUUCCAUGAUAACAAACCCGCGCGGGCGAUGCAAUUGGAACAUCUCUUUCGCACCACCCACAAAGGCUCUCUCUCUGUUGCUACAUAUUGUCAAACCCUGAAGAAUAUCGCGGAUUGGCUAGAUGAUGUCGAUGCUCCCGUUUCAGAGCAACAGCUUGUCCUCCAGGUGCUCAGAGGGCUGCCAGAUGAGUUUCGACAGCAAACAUCAUUUCUGCAAUUCCAAACACCGACCCCGACUUUCCUACAGGUCCGCUCGGCCCUCCUCCUCAUUGAACAGCAGCGGACUGAUCUUGGCUCUAGCAGAGACACACCGGGCACGGUACUCUACUCUGGCAGCAGCUCUGGACUCCCCUUCGGCACAAACAGCAGCCGCGGUAGUGUCCGCGGCAGUGGCGGACAGAAUGUAUUAUCUUUGAAGCCCAUGAUUUCAUAGUGUAAACAAUAUCCCAAUAUGUUGUUUUUAAGUUCAUCCAAAUUAUAGGAAUAUGUAUGGUGUCCCAUUCCCUUACCUGAAUGAAAGUGAGAGUAUUUA